CAUACAAAAAGUAGAAAUGCUCAAGAAUUGGUCAAAUUUGUGCUCAACUCCAGGCAACAGAGAUCAAAGAAGCAAAAUUUAACUUUUCUUCCCCAUUUAAAUUAAAUUUCCUAAUCUGUCACUUCCCUGAAGGUUCCUGGCAAAAUUUAGAGAAUUCCCCAGAAAGAAACAAACCAAAGAUCCAAUGAUACCCUGCCUCAAACAUAAUUGAGGUCAGCCGUGCAGGUUUGGCCGACCAUAAAGCCGGGGCCGCCUCCACCUGUUCCAAGUUUAGGCCGCUCCUCCCCUGUUCCUCCACAUCUCAAGAACAAAAAACAGAAAAUUAUUGGGACCAAUUCCACCCCUUAAUCUGAAGAACCCUGCCGCUGCAUUGCUGUUCUUGUGGAUUUCAGACACACAGAUCCAGAUUCAGGCAUCCUCCCAUUGCGACUGCGCUUCUCGUCUUCUCCUGUAGGCGGGCGUCCUCGUCGUCCCCAUUUCUCCUCGAUGCCACCGACAUGGGGUGGAGAUUCCUCCGGAAUCGUGUUGAUUUCUUCUUUCCUCGCGUUGUAAAUUGCAUAUAAAGGCCAUUCUAGGGAAUGCAGAAAGAUGUGCUUGGAUUCCAAGGAUUUCUCUUGUGAAGAGGAGGGCAUUUCUCCAAUUGACUCGAAAUCACUGAUUCUUGAUGGGCGAGGAUUUCAGUUGCACAUUUGGUGCAUAUCAGAAAGUAAUUAUGAUGCCACCAAUGUCAGAAAUAUUGCUAUGCUAGAUCGUAUAAUUUCUGAAGACGGUUGAAAGCUUUUUUUUUUGUCAUACCAAUUCCUUUGGCUAGAAUUCCAAUAAGAAUCAUUUGCUAAGAUCUGUUGAUGAUGGAAACAGAGAAAAAUGGGAACAUUCUGCUACAAAGGUAUGAGGUUGGUAGAUUACUGGGGCAGGGAACUUUUGCCAAGGUUUAUCAUGGUAGGAACAUAGUGACAUCACAAAGUGUCGCUAUCAAGGUGAUUGACAAGGACAAAAUUUUCAAGGUUGGCCUAAUGGAGCAGAUCAAACGGGAGAUAUCAGUGAUGAAAUUAGUAAGGCACCCCAACAUUGUACAACUUUAUGAGGUCAUGGCUACCAAAUCAAAGAUAUAUUUUGUUCUUGAAUAUGUCAAGGGUGGUGAAUUGUUUAACAAAAUAGCUAAAGGUAAGUUAAGAGAAGAUGCUGCAAGAAAGUACUUUCAACAGUUGAUAAGUGCUGUUGAUUUCUGCCACAGUAGAGGUGUGUAUCAUCGUGAUCUAAAGCCAGAAAACCUACUCGUUGAUGAGAAUGGGAACCUGAAAAUUUCAGAUUUUGGAUUGAGUGCUCUUGCUGAGUCUAGACGCCAAGAUGGCCUCCUACACACUACCUGUGGUACUCCAGCAUAUGUGGCACCUGAGGUUAUCAGCCGAAAAGGGUAUGAUGGUGCAAAGGUUGACACUUGGUCCUGUGGGGUGAUCCUAUUCGUUCUCAUGGCUGGUUAUCUACCUUUCCAAGAUUCAAAUUUGAUGGAGAUGUACAGAAAGAUUGGGAAAGCAGAGUUCAAAUGCCCUCCUUGGUUUCCAUCGGACGUACGGAAGCUAGUAUCGAGAAUUCUUGACCCAAACCCUAGGACUAGAAUGCCAAUUACAAAAAUAGUGGAAUCCUUUUGGUUCAAAAAAGGUCUUGACAGCAAGCUACUCCAAAAGAAUAUGGAGAUGAAGGGGAAAGUAACAGCUCUCACUGAUGUUAAUGUGGUUUUCUCAUCCACAGGUAGCAGUAACAGCAAAACGGUUGAUGAGAAACAAGAUGCAGCAAAAGUCACCAACCUUAAUGCUUUCGAUAUUAUUUCCCUUUCAGAAGGCUUCAGUCUCUCAGGCUUGUUUGAGGAGACUGAAAAAAGAAAAGAGGCAAGAUUCACAUCUAGUCAAUCAGCUUCAGCUAUUAUCUCAAAACUAGAGGAUGUUGCCACAUGUUCAAAGCUGACUGUAAAGAAGAAAGAAGGUGGUGUGCUGAAAAUGGAAGGUGCAAAUGAAGGAAGGAAAGGUGUCUUGGUUAUCGAUGCAGAGGUCUUCGAAGUUACUCCUUCCUUUCAUUUGGUAGAGAUCAAGAAGAAUAAUGGGGAUACACUAGAAUACGAAAACUUGUGGAAGCAGGACAUGAAACCAGCCCUCAAAGACAUUGUUUGGGCAUGGCAAGGUGAACAUCAGGAUCGGCAGAUUGAAGAUCAUAAGUAGCCAUAGAUUCGCCUUGGUAUUGAACAUCAUUGGUUAGUGUUCCAAAGUUGUAUCUGCUUGUACGUUGUUUGCAUUCGUUUUAUCUUCUGGCCUUUUUAAAUUAGUAGCUUAGACAUGAACCUGUGAUUGGAUUCUGAAGUUAUUGCGCAUUGUGUUGUUAAGUUGCAUCUGCCAUUCAUUGUACUUUAUUCUGAAGUUGCACCUGUUUAAUUGAAUCUGUUUCAACUGUAUGAGUACUA